UAUCUCUUUCAGAGAGCUACACGUAAAUGAAACAAAGAAGCUAUGGCUCAUAGGGGUGGACGUGGCUUCCAACACAACAAUCUAGGUUCUUUUGCACACCAACACAGUAACAGUUCAACUGGAGCUCGGUCUCAACAAAGUACAUUACAUUCCAGAGGAAGACCAGCAUCACGUGGAAGAUUGAGAGAUGAUGCAAACCCCCCAAAAAGGAAUUCAAGAGAUGGACCUAACCCCUUUGGAAGUCAACCAGAUCUACAAAAUACUUUUCAGCCAGGGCAGCAGCACUUAAGAAGUGAUCAUAAACAAAGAGGAGUGUCCAGUGACAGGCGACAACAUCCACCAGGAGAUGGGCAGUUUCGAGAACAUAAUUUUCAGGGAAGACAUCAUGGAGACCCAGGACAAUCAGGCCAUAGACAAAAUGAAACCUAUAAUAAGGGGAGUCAGUCAGAUCAGAAACAAAGAGGAGUGUCCAGUGACAGGCGGCAACGUCCAUCAGGAGAUGGGCAGUUUCAUGAUCAUAGUUUUCAGAGAAGACAUCGUGGAGACCCAGGACAAUCAGACCAUAGACAAAAUGAAACCUAUAAUAAGGGGAAUCAGUCAGGUGGACCACAAAGGGAAAAAUCCAGAGGCAGGAGCAGUCAGAAUUCUUCGGAAGACAGGCAUCAGUAUCACCAGCAUUCUCAUGGUAGAAGACCUGACAGUAGCUCAAAUCGCUCUGAAAAUAUGCACAAUGAUAAAAGUAACUCACAGAGAGACCAAGGAAAUUCUCAGCGUGGCCCAUCUAGAAGGCGCCACAGAAAUAAGGGACAUAACAAUCAUCAAACACCAGAUCGAAAAAGAGUAGGAAGUUUGCCAAAUUUAAUGGACAUUGAAUUUUCCGAAGGUGAUACACUCAAAGUAAAAUCUAAUAAUGGAGAAAGAAAGAAAGGGCCUCGAACUGAUUGGAAGUUAGAUCAGAGAGGCCUUACAAAGAUUGUGGCAAUGGAACCUUCUGAACUUGUAAUGAAGCUGGCAGCACCUGGCAGUGGCUUAAAAGAAUUCCUGAGUGAACGUGAUACCAGUCCCGAGCUUGUUGAACUUGCACUUCAAGUUCUCAAGAAAGCCUGCAGCUGCAGUACUAAUCGUAAUAAUUUACAGCAUGUUCUGUUGGAUGUGAGAAACUCAAAAUUUUUGGAAAAUGUCCUUCCUUUAUACAUGAUGAGCAGCUACAGACUAAAACAAGAGGUUGAUAAAGUUGAAGUUUUAGAUUACAUUCUGAGUCUGCUUCUUCAGAUAAUCAGCACAUUUCCUGCCAGCUCUGUAAAUUCAGUUGCUCUUACAGCAGCUGUGCUGAACUCUACCUUUAGCACCUUAGACUCAGAUGGGUUGAUACUCACAGAAGACGUUAUUGAAAAAAUGCAAGAUCUUAAUACUAUCUUAAACCAUUUGCAAGAAAAGAAACGUGAUGGCACAUUGAGAUCUGAUAAUUACACUUAUCUGACUGGUAAAGAGGAAAACAUUGAAGAUUUCAGACAGAUUUCAAUAUUUCCAACAUAUGAUGACAUACAUUUGAUCCACAAACCCUUCAUGCGCCCUAAUAUUAUCAGUGAAACCUAUCCUGACUCAGAGACUUAUUUGGAUACUCAUUUCCGACUCCUGAGAGAAGAUUUUGUAAGACCACUUAGAGAUGGAAUUUUGCAGGUACUCCGCUUUGAUGGAAAGGAUAUAAGAAAGGGAAAAUUUGAUGACAUUAAUGUUUAUUUCAAUGCCGAAUUACUGGUACCACUUUGUACACCUUCUGGGAUUCUAUACCAAGUUCAGUUUGAUAUUGAUAUGCUGAAACAUGUUCGCUGGGAAAAUUCCAAACGCUUACUGUUUGGGGCACUUGUUUGCCUCUCUAGUGAUUGCUUUGAAACAAUGAUUUUUGCCACAGUGGCAGACAGAAAUGUAGAGGAAUUGAAAGUGGGAAUUAUUACUGUAAAUUUUACUGAAGAAAGCCGCUUAAAGCUAGCAGAACAGGGAACAGAUCACACAUUUUUGAUGGUUGAAACAACAGCUUAUUUUGAAGCCUAUCGUCAUGUUCUUGAAGGAUUGAAAGAAAUGGCAAAUGGUGAACUUCCCCUUCAGAAGUAUAUUGUCCACUGUGAGAAGACCUUAUCAGAACCACAAUAUCUGAAAAAUGGUUGUAACAGUUACACCUUGGACGUAUUAAAGGAUGACAGAUAUAUACGAAACAGGCAACCCGUAGCCGUGCUUGACAACAAGAGCAGCAGUUCUACCGAUGAUGAUGAUGAUUACUCAGACAGUGACUGCAGCAGCAUACAAGAGAAUCCUCGUUUACAUGAUGAGUGGAUUUCUGAUGCAAUUAAUACUUUAGGGAUAGACACUCCUCCUCCAUUGUCACCUCAUACAGAAGCAUCAGUUUCAUCAUCUGGGUUUAACAUUCUUGACUUUAGAAGGUGGCCUUCAAAAGAAAAGCUGAGUCUAGAUAAGUCACAGUUACAGGCUCUGCAGUCGGCUUUAACAAGUGAGCUUGCCAUCAUCCAAGGCCCUCCUGGAACAGGCAAGACUUAUGUUGGCUUGAAAAUUGUCAAGACUCUACUUGACAAUUCCAGAGUAUGGCAACCCCGAGGAAAUUGUCCUAUCCUCGUUGUAUGUUACACAAACCAUGCGCUGGACCAAUUUUUAGAAGGAAUUCACAGAUUUUUACAUACUGGAAUUGUCAGAGUUGGUUCCAGAAGUAACAGCGAGCUUCUGCAGAAGUUCAGUCUGGCAUAUCUCCGAAAGGAUGUGAUGUUUACCCGAACGCUACCAGGGUAUCUAAGAGCAAUGCAUGCAGAAUUGUCAGACUUGAGAAGAGAUGCUGAAGAACAAAUCCAAGCAAAAGCAGCAUUCCUUUAUGCUGCAGUUAAAGGAAUACUUCAUGAGAAUGUUCUAGAGGUUUACAUGAGACCAUGCCACAUGAAAUGUCUACAGCUGGCCAAGGUUCCUUCCCAUAACUCAUCAAAGAAAAGUCCUAGUCUUAUAGUACAGUGGCUUGGAUUUUCUGUACUAUCAGCCAAACGUCAAGUGGAAGUCAGAAGAGGGGCAGGCAUAAACGUUAACAGCCAGAGUUUGCGAGAGAAUGAAGUUCAACAGCUCCUAGCCAUGGUGGAGGAAGAUGAUGAUACUGAUGUGGAAACUGGAGUUAGUGGAAAUAAUUCUGAAGAAGAAAGCCUUCAAAUUGCAGAAGAGGCAGAGCUUGUGCAGGCAGAAAGAAUGACGGAAGAUGACGAUGUUCAGAAACAGCUUCAGAGUGCAAAGGCUAAAGCUGCUGUUAGGAACAAACAAAUCCUUGCUCUUGAGCAAACUGAUGAAGAGGAACAGCAGGAAAGCACUGCUGCUGAUGAUGAAGACUGGGAGAUAACUGGAAAGACGAGGAAGAAACUUAAGAAGCUGUUAAAAAUAGAACUGAAGAAAACAACCCAUAUGAGUGAAGCUGAAGCUGUAAACAUUCAGGACAUUUGGAAUUUAUCAUUGAAGCAGCGCUGGGAGUUAUACAGAUUGUGGAGGUCCAAAUAUCUGAGUGAAUUAAGGCAUCAGGUCUGGACAUAUGAAAAUGAGUACCAAGGUGUGAUCCGAAGGUUAAAAGAACUGAGAAACCAAGAAGAUCUGACCGUACUGAGGCAUGCUAGAGUUAUUGGAAUGACAACUACAGGAGCUGCCAGACUCAGAAGCAUCCUACAAGAGCUUCGCCCUAAGAUUGUCAUUGUUGAGGAAGCAGCAGAGGUCCUGGAGGCUCACAUUAUCACCACCCUUAGCUCAGCAUGUCAACAUUUAAUCUUGAUCGGUGACCACCAACAGCUACGUCCUAGUGCCACUGUGUAUGAACUAGCCAGAAAUUUCAACCUGGAUGUAUCUUUGUUUGAAAGACUGAUAAGAAUGAAUGUUCCAUACGUAAGGUUGGAUUAUCAGCAUCGCAUGCGCCCUGAAAUUGCUUGUCUCUUAACCCCACACAUAUACGACAAGCUUGAAAACCAUCCUUCAGUGAAUUCAUAUGAAAACAUAAAGGGAGUUGCUACAAACCUGUACUUUGUGGAGCAUGAGCAGCUUGAAGAACACAUCCAAGAAGGGAAGAGCCACAGUAACCUGCAUGAGGCAUCGUUUGUAAAGGCCCUGUGUCAUUACUUCAUCCGUCAGGGCUAUGCACCAGCCCAGAUUACUGUGCUUACCACUUACACAGGACAGCUGUUUUGCUUAAAAAAGAUGAUGCCCAGAUCAGACUUUGAUGGUGUCAGAGUGUGUGUGGUGGAUAAAUUCCAAGGGGAGGAAAAUGACAUCAUAAUUCUUUCAUUAGUUAGAAGCAAUUUAGAGGGAAGAGUUGGCUUCCUCCAGAUUGCAAACCGUAUCUGCGUUGCAUUGUCUAGGGCAAAGAAGGGUUUAUUUUGCAUUGGGAAUAUGCAAAUGUUGUCAAAAGUUCCACUGUGGAAUAGAAUUAUGCAAGUUUUGCACAGAAACAAUCAGAUUGGAAGAGAGCUGAAUCUUCGUUGUCAGAACCAUCCAGAAAACAUGUGCACAGUUUCUAAGGCAGAUGAUUUUAAAAAUGUUCCUGAGGGAGGCUGUAUGCUGCGCUGUGAGUAUCGGCUACUUUGUGGUCAUGUAUGCCCAAAGUUUUGCCAUCCUUAUGAUCCAGAUCAUAAAGAGUUGAAAUGUGAAAAGCCCUGCCCAAAAAUAUUAUGUGAAGAUAAACACAAGUGCCCAAAACGUUGUUAUGAAGACUGUGGCAGCUGCCGGGUGCCAGUCCAGAAAGUAAUUCCCCGAUGUGGUCAUACACAAGAUGUUCCCUGUUCUAUCCCACCCGAAAAAUUUUCAUGCCAGAUUCCCUGCAAUAAGACUCUUGUAUGUGGCCACAUGUGUGUGCGCACAUGUGGUGGGACAUGCACAGUAAGAUGUCCUGCAAAAAUUACUUUUCAUCUUAGCUGUGGUCAUGAAAGGUGGGCACUGUGUCAUGAAAAGAAAGAAGCUGAAGACAAAGGCAUGGAAGUAGUUUGUUUCCGGCCUUGUGAUUUUACAUUGGAAUGUGGCCACACAUGCUCUGGUACUUGCACUAGAUGUAAUACGUCUCACAUACCAUGCAAGGAUAGGUGUGAACGGUACUUGUUUUGCUCCCAUCGGUGUUCAGGGAAGUGCUCUGAAGACUGCAUCCCCUGUUCUAACAUAUGUGAUAGAAGUUGUCCCCACAGAAAAUGCAAGAAACUCUGUAAUGAACUAUGCUCUCCAUGUAUACAGCCUUGUGAAUUGAGUUGCAAGCACAGCAAAUGUACACGACUGUGCUCAGAGCCUUGUGACAGAGCACCUUGCAGCAGCCCUUGUGAUAAACUACUGACUUGUGGCCAUGCUUGCAUUGGCCUUUGUGGUGAGCGCUGCCCCACAAAAUGUCGAAUCUGUAAUGCAGACGAAGUCAAGGAGAUAUUUUUUGGGAAUGAAGCUGACCCAAACUCAAGAUUUAUACAGUUGGAAGACUGCAACCACGUGUUUGAAGUGACUGGUUUCAAUGAGUGGAUGAAGCCAAACAAAGAAGACUUCCUUGAGUUCAAAAAGUGCCCUCUGUGCACAAAGCCUGUUCGCAACAAUGCCCGAUAUAAUUCCGUCAUUAAAAGAACAGAGGCUGAUAUUGGGCUAGUAAAACAAAAGAUAAUGACACUCUGGUGUAGUCGCCUGAAAGACUGGCUUUCUGAAAAUCAGAAACUAUUUCAGUAUUUCUGCUUGGAAAGCAUGGAAAUGCAGGCAGGAUUGCAGAAGUCAGACACUGAUAUAGGCACUGUCCUUCUGACCAGUAGGAAGCUUCUUUACUUGUCCAAGCUGGAAGAAAUAAAGAAAAAGUGUGGUCACAUGACUGGCUCUUUCAACCCAUCAGUUGCAGAUGAAGUCCUUCACCUCAAAAAGUCCAUCAUUGCUGAACAAAGAGGUACAUUUUCCAGUAUCAACAACCGGAUUCUCAGACUUGCUGUAUUACUGGAAGCUACAAAACUAAAGAAGAAUCUGCUUCUGCGUCCUUCUGGAUAUUUUCUCCGCCGUACACUGUUCAGUCUGGAGAAAGCCAAAGACGAAGUUGAUAAUGUGCUUAUGGUAUUACAGAAAAAAGAAUUUGUUAAUGAUAAGGAAGUAGAAUCCCUCAGUAAAACACUUAAACAUAUUAGAAAGGAGAUGCCACUUUCUGCAGAUCAUGCUGUUCUAGAGGAUUCAGAAAUCCAAAUUCUUGAUACUUCAAUCCUGCGUCAGAACUGCUGGUUCAAAUGCAGUAAUGGUCAUGUUUAUUCUUUGCACGAAUCAGAGUCAUUAGGAGGACCCCAACACUGCCCAGAGUGCAGUUUUGAAGAGUAUAAUUUAGUUUAAGAAGGUUUGUUUGCUUCUGAUAAAUGUAAAUGUGAAGCAAGGAAGAUACAGCUUCAUUUGAGAUUAGUAUGCUAUAACCAGAGCUACGCACCUGCAGUGGUGCAAUAGUCAUCAAGAUGACCCAUCCUUAGUGAGUUUGUGGUCCACAUCAGAUUGCAAGUGCUUUUUACUUUCAGGAGGAAUUCAUAAUAAAAGUUUACUAAAGCUGGUAUAUGAUGUAUAUGGUUAACAGCAAUUAUUUUUUUGUUUUCUCUUUUUAUUUUGCAUGAUGUUAACAUAAACAAUUACAGUUGUAAGCCAGAGAAUAUGCAUUUUAUGCUAAAAGGCAAAAAAUUAUUUUUUCCAAGAUUUCAUUUGCAUAGAUGAAGAAUAAGUAAAUAUGUAAGUAUCUUAAAUAUGGCCGAUAAUUCAUAAAUUUUUAUUUAUGAAUGUGUAAUAUCACUACAACAGAUUGUGAUGCUGUCAGAGAAUAAACCAGUACAUACUCAAGGAGGAACAACACUAACAAACGUGCAUUCACUGAAAACAAGUUGGUUUUAUGAUUUACCUCUUACACUAGCCUUAAGUAAAGCCUGUUUAAAAUUUUUACAGGCAUCGUUUCUUACUAUUUUAUAACAAAGGAAUGUCUCAAAAUGAAAAGGAAUGCCUUAUGAUCAUUAGUAAGGGCACUGAAGACCAGUCAGGAUAGAAUACAUACUGUAUGUGUCUCAGUUGUUUGGGCCAAAAUUCCAGCUCUAUGGCAUCUAAAUGAUCAUCCUUCAUGAUGGGAUGUAAAAUUUCCACAUGUAUGGAACAGAUGAAUGCACAAGUACCUGUACUAUUUUUUUAUUAUUUCUAAUAGUGUAUUACUUUAUCUCUGUUAUUGUUUUUAUGAGUGACCACGUGCGUCUCUUAAGACUAUUUCAGCAUUUCAUCAGCUAAUGGGGGGGGGGGGAUGAUUCUAAAUAUUGUCCACCACUGAUUUACCUUCCUGCCAACAAGAUCUGGAUGAGGUGUCCAUUAGCUUGAUUCUCAUAAUUGCCAUAGUGAUAUGCUGCAUACAGAACACCCCGUAUGAUUACCUAGUAUGUAUGGACCCCUACAGCAGCAGACUGCACAGAUCACUCAAAAGAUGCAGACAGCAUGCCUCUCCACUCUGCCUGAUUUGUUGCAAUAUCAGUGCAUUAGAAGUGAUAAUGAAAACUGAUUGCAAUACUGUUCUUAACGGGAGUUGCAGUAUAUGGAUUUUCCUUAAGCUUUGCAUGGCACAGAAAAGUGUUUUUAUGGGAAUACAUUAGUAUUAAGCAAUAGGUAGCAACCUCCUAACUGUAGUCCUGUUUCUGAGCCUAGCUAAGUGCUUAAUACAUUAUUAUAAUGGUAAUGGCAAACAUCUAAACCCUUACUUAGUAUAGUAAUAGGGCUACCAAAGUUAACAAUAUGCAAAGUGUGUAAUCAGUUACUGGAGUUCUGUAAGUGAUUUGUGGGAAUUUACACAGGGGUGCCUAUAUUGACAGAUGUGACUAUCCCAUUUUAUUAACCUCAAAAGACAGACUCAGUACUGCACCUUACAUCUAGUCUCCUCACAUUUGGACAGCUGUUACCACAGAAUUGUGGUGUUUGAGCGCAGUCUGACCCAUACCUAAAUAACUGCAAACAGGAUGUACUUCUUUCCACAGACCAGAAGAUCUUACAGUCUCUGGUUUGUUUUAUCUUAUCUGUUAAUGUUGUAAACUAGCUGUAGUUCUUCCUGUGGUCCUAAGUAUGACUUUGUAUAGACCUCAGUUGCAUGUGCUGUUGAAUACUUUGGCUCACGUUCCUGACCAUGAACAGAUAAGUAGUUUUCCUUUCCACCUUCGCUUGGCUCCUCAGGAAACUAAUGCAUUCAGAGAUGUUAACUCAGCAAAUUGUUACUUUCCUUAAAACACCCAGUCAGGACUCAGAAAAAGGCACUUCACCUAGAGUGCACAGUGUUGUUUAGAUGUAGAGCACUGUAUCCACUGCUGACAUUAGUGAAUUGUCAGUGAUGCUUUGCAGCAUCGUGAACAUGCUGCACCACCGACAUAGCCAGAUGUGAAUCUAAAGGGUCUAUGUUAAAUAUUCGAACAUCCAAAAUGUCGAACGUUACAUGGUCGAGACCAAAUGUUCGA